UUGUGAAAUUAAGUAUCUGUCGACAUAUCGGUCUCGUGCGGACUUUUGGCGGUGGGUUUGAUUUUCCAGGUCAGAUCAUCGGCGAGAACAUGGCGGAUGAAAAGUAUAACCGGAAGAAUCCGGCGGUGAAGAGGAUUUUGCAGGAGGUUAAGGAGAUGCAAGCGAAUCCGUCUGAUGAUUUCAUGUCUCUUCCCCUCGAGGAGAAUAUCUUUGAGUGGCAAUUCGCAAUCAUAGGUCCUAGUGACACUGAAUUUGAAGGUGGGAUUUAUCAUGGGAGGAUUCAGUUGCCUGCAGAUUAUCCUUUUAAACCUCCUUCAUUCAUGUUAUUGACCCCUAGUGGUCGUUUUGAAACCAACACCAAGAUUUGCUUGAGCAUAUCUGAUUACCAUCCUGAGCACUGGCAACCAUCAUGGAGUGUUCGGACUGCUUUGAUGGCUCUCAUUGCGUUCAUGCCUUCAAACCCCAAUGGAGCAAUAGGCUCAGUAGAUUUCCCAAAGGAGGAGAGACGUGCGCUAGCCACUAAAUCACGCGAGACACCACCCAAAUAUGGUUCUCCCGAUCGUCAAAAAGUUAUUGACGAGAUUCAUCAAUACAUGCUCAGCAAGACACCUUCUCCUAAACCUAAUCCUCAGGAUUGUAACAAAACCCCCACCGGAGAUUCAGACUGUCAGUCCCAAACCAAGCCGCAAGACGCUGCAACUGCUAUAUCAGAACCUGGUACAGCGGCUGAAGAGAGUCUAGCUGAUCAAAUCGCAGAAGAGACAGCUCAAACCGUUCUUCCAGAAGCGAAUGCAGUAGUAGAGGUUGCUGAGGGAGAGAGCGGAAACGGUUUGGUGAGGCGGCGGGAGCAACCAACGGUUGUUGUCAGGACGGCUCAGAAACCGAGUGAAGAUAGGCUGUUCACGUGGGCGGCGGUUGGACUCACGAUUGCGAUUGUGGUUCUUUUGCUAAAGAAGUUCGUAAGGUCAAGUGGUCAUGGCGCUGUGUUUAUGGACGAGUCGUGAACUGCUAAGCUCUGCUAUUGGGAGAUGGCCUGAAGGAAGCCUCUAAACUCGAAGGGAGUGUUCAUAUAGGUAAGUGAUUUGAUUGUGGAUGGGGACAUAAGUAAUUAAAUUUAAUCAUACUAAACUAAAUUAGGGUGUAUUAUGAUGUGUUGCAAGCUUUUUCUUGAAUAUAUUUUACAAAAACACUUAUAAGGAAUACUUUGCAUCUAUAUAACUAACUGACAUUGCGCGAAUC